AUGGAAUCUCAGUAUCACCAGUUUGGCUCAUCUGAUAGCAGCUCUGUCCAUCCAGAGCACAGAAUGACUCCACAAACAGGUCUGAAGAGGAUCGUGGUUUAUGUCCUCUAUGGAGUCCUGCUGCUGCUGCUGCUGAUCCUGCUGAUGGUCACUGGGAUCAAAUUCUCGCAGUUAAGCCAGGAGAUCAGUGAUGUCAAAGUUCACCUGGGGAGAAUCAGCCAUGGAGGAGCAGCUUCGUCUUCAGCAGCCGUGCAGGACGUCUACGUGGAGAAACUGGUCCCAGUCAGAGGAUCGUGUCGAGAAGGGUGGGUUUCGUUCCAGAGGAGCUGCUACCUGAUGUCCACCGCCACCACCACCUGGACCAAAGCUGAGGAGCAGUGCCGAGCACACGGAGCUCACCUGGUGGUUCUGAACAACGUGGAGGAACUGGACUACAUUUCCAAAAUAGUUGAGAUCCAGUACAACUACUGGAUUGGACUUGUGGAGCGACGGCACGAGGGACACUGGAGCUGGGUGGACGGAACUGACUUCAAUUCAACCCCAACUUUCUGGGAUGUCGGUCAGCCUGACAACUGGGACUACCGGGAGAACGGGGAGGACUGCGGGCAGCUUCAUUCCUCUGAAAAGCGCAAACGUAAGCUGUGGAAUGAUGCCGACUGUAACCUGAUGUAUCAGUACAUCUGUGAAGGCAGAGCGUGA